AUGCCGGGGAGCAAAGUGGCCGCAGCUGCGCCAGUGCCCUCGUCUGCCAUCACCUCUGCCUCUUCACCGGCCGCCGCCGCCGCUGCCGCCGCACCUGGUGGGGCCGCUCCGAAGAAGAUGGUGUUUCCAAAGUUUAUGGAGCUGGCUGACGCGUACGAGGCGGGUAUGCGUUGCGCCGGCGAGCUUUCGCUUUGGUCGACGCUACUGCGCGUUGCAACAGAGUCCGCCGCUGGAUACGACACGUCGCUGCCCAGAACCGCCGCCGAAGAAGCGCUCGCCCUCGCGGAGGCUGCACCGGCACCCUCUGUCACCUCCACGAGUGCCCUGGCUGCCGAGGUCAGUGCCCUGCUUGACUCCGACGCAACGCGGCAGCGACUUCCUGCUGGUGUUCACGUCCGCUACCGCGCCGACCUCCCGCUGCACACGGUCGACCCUACCGUGGCGCAGGUUUACCCCGAGUCGCUCUGCGCUAUGCGAGGCUACUGCCCCGUUCAACUCCUCGCCGGGCGUCCAACCACAGGGCUGCUGAUACCUGGCCAAGUGCCGUCAGAGCUUUCGUCGUCCUCGCCAUCGAAGACGUCGUUGGGAUGUGUUGAGGUGAGCGGCGGCGCCCGCCACGUUGCCAUGGCGCGCCCACUCUACUUCAUUUUUUCGGACGCGGCUGCAAUGCGCGCCUUUGCGGCUGAUCCGUGGAGGUACGUGGAGGGUUGUCUGCAUGUCUUCCACGCCGCCGAUCCGUGUCUGACUCUUGUGAUGGGGAGAGGCGACGAGCUGCCGCGCGAGCUGUACUUGGAGGGGGCGCGCGUGGUGGAGCGGCUGACGAGUGACUUAGCAAGCGCACAGAACACGCACGAGAACAGGCAGAGCUGCGGCACGCAGACGGGGCAGAUCGACUCUUACAUCAACCACAACUACUUCUGGAACGAGUGGGAUCUCCGUCGACACGCGCUGAAGUUAGCCAAUCUCAUGCAGAUGCGCACGCAUUCCUCGCAGACCGCCGCGCUGCACUUCCGCCGUGAGGCAGCGACGCAGGCGGACCCGAGAAAAGACUCCGAGGCGCAGACGCUGCACGACGCGGCAACGCAGCCGCCGCAUGUGGCGCAGUAUCUGAAGGGGCUUCGCGGCACUUACACAUCGGCGAUCGAGCAGGUGCGCAAAGUCAUCGAGUAUUGA